GAGCUGGGUAUAUCAAGAGGUGAUGCAACCAGCCCGGGAGAGAGGGACUCGCAUAGUGCGCUCCACAGUGGCGGCUCUCACACACACACAGCUCGCCUGCGCCUGGCCGGGACUCGCUGGCAUUCUUCACUCAGCAGCAGGGAGCCAUCAGAGCAGAAAAAAAAUGAUGCUUCAGCACCCAGGACAAGGCUCUGCCUCCGAGGUCAGCGCCUCCGCCACCCUUCCAUGUCUGUCACCGACCAUGACCUUUGCCUUCGAAGAUUUCACCAACUUGACGCCCCUUGUUAAAGAAGAGCUCCGUUUUGCCAUUCAGAGCAAGCGUCUUGCCACUCGACCGCCGUGCAGCCUGGACAGCGUGGUGGUCGCCGAUAGCCCGAUCGAAAUGACCGUAACAAAGACAGAGUUUGUACCAGUAGAAGACGAAAGAAAACAGCGGAGAAGAGAGCGGAACAAGGUUGCAGCGGCCAAAUGUCGAAACAAAAAGAAAGAGAAGACAGACUGUUUACAAAAGGAGUCCGAAAAACUGGAAUCUAUCAAUGCGGAACUGAAAGCCCAGAUUGAGCAACUGAAGAACGAGAAGCAGCACUUAAUCUACAUGCUGAACCUCCACCGACCCACCUGCAUAGUCCGCGCCCAGAACGGCAGGACGCCCGAAGACGAACGGAACCUCUUCAUUCAGCAGAUCAAAGAAGGGGCCCUGCAGAACUUGGUGACGGAGGGCGUAAACUGAGCGGCUCUCUGCUGUACAGUACAUGGAACUUCAAAAAUAACAAAAAAACAACUCACUGACGCCCCCUGGGGGCUUGACGUGUAUCAGAGACACCCUAGCAGAAUCCUUGCAAGGAUAGGAGCCUUUGAUCGUUAGCGCCACCACGUGGACGGAGCAGAAGGAUUCUGCAUUAUCGUGUUUCGGAAGCCACCGGGCUCCACUGACUUGCUAUUAGUAUCGCCCUAUAGCAGCACGAUGGGUUGUUACUUUACACUUUGUGCAAUUUUUAUUAUUUUUUUUAUACGUUUCUGAUCGCAGAAACGUAAAGGAAGAAGAAUUUUUAAAAAAUCAGUGUUCUGGAGGCAACGUUCUGUGGAUGCCCUCGAAAGCACCGUGGGCUGCCUUAACAUGAGGCACCGGAGGACGCUUCGCCUUUAUUUUCCAUUUAUUUAUUCGGAGUAGUAUUGUUCGCCGUGUGUAUUUCAGGAGGUCACUAAACAGAUUUUUUUUAUUUUUAUCAUCAUUUUAUCUGUUGGAUCAGCCUUUAAAUUCAUUAGUGUUUAAUGAGGUUACGAGGCACUGACUGCCUCAAACUCAACAGCAUUGGUUCUACGCAGAAGGAAUUUUUUUUAACAAAUGACUGCUCUGAUCCAGAAACAGUGCCACCCUUAUCUGUGGCGGAGUCUGGUACUGCAGGUCAGCUUUAUUGAAGUGAAUUGCAAUAUCCUAUGCAUCCUGGAAGGAAGUGGUGGCGCUGUUUCUGGAAGAAAUCUGCCAUUUUUUUCUAAUCCUGUAAAAUCCCAUUAAUAUUGGGAGUAGAUGGCAAACUGUCCAAUGUGUGCUCAUUUACUGAAAGUAAAAACUGUCUUGCUUGCCCAUAGCAACCAAUCUCCGUAAGUGCUCUUGAAAAAACGAAAGCAGCUCUGCGUCGGUUGCCAUGGGCAACACUUAAUUUGGACAGUUUUCUUGUAUGCCUGGAGUGUUCCUUUAAAAGAGUAGUCCUCCAGAUUUGCUUUAGCAACAUGAAAUUAGUGCAAUUUGACUUGGUUAUUGGGAACCGAUUAUUGUGUGCCGGGCUAUGUAACUGACAAACAUUUUAUGUACAGGUGUAGCAGAGCUGAAUUUGUCAUCUUGUGUGCAUUACUAUAAGGCCUCUUUCACACGAGCGAGUAUUCCGUGCGGGUGCAA